GCAGAUUACUUCGGCACCAUAGUGAACCGAACUGCUCGCAUUGCAGCCGCUGCUCACCCUGGACAGGUGCUGUUGGGUGGUGACACACCCAUAGACCCUGCGGCCACGAGCCGACUACCAGGGCUGCAAUGGCAGCAGCCUCCAGCCUUGCCAGGCUAUCCUCAAAUGGUUUCACAGCCAACUCUAGCCUCACAGCCCGCGAUGCCACAACCACCUGUGGCGACGGCGGCUGCACCCUCUCUGCUGUAUCCUGGCAUCACAGGAUGGAAGGUGGGUCAGCCUGGGCAGCCUGUGCAGCACCCCAUGGUGCAGCCACAGGGCGCACCUGCGCCGGGCCGGCCGGCGCCUGGGUCACUUCCCAAUGCUCCAGCUGGCGCGCCAGGUUGGUCUCUUCAGCGUUUAGGUGCUUUUGCACUCAAGGCC